CGCAGGUCGAUGGCCACGUUGUUGUCAGGAGCGCUCUCGAGUGCGUUGAUGCGCUCGUCCGUCUCGUUGAGCUGUGCCUGGAGUCUCUGAUUCUCGCUGUUGGCCUGGGCGAGUGCGGUCUGCAGUUGGUGCACCUGUCCCUCCAAUUGUGUUUGCGCCAGCUUGGUUUGAGCCAGUGCGGCCGCCACGUCGCUUUUCUCCUCCCCGGCCUCCUCGAGCUCCUCUUCGGUGAUGGUCGCGGCGGGCUGGGCGGCUGGCGCUGCUGCUGGUGGUGGCACUGCUUGGCCAGCGGGAGGUGUCAUUGGUGCGGCUGCGGGGGGCUGAGGGAAGCCGAUGGCCUGGCCUAACACACCCUCGAGACCUCUGCAAUGCAAUCCAAUGGAUGCCACGCACAGCACAGCACAGCCGAUCGAUGAGAUCAGCUGAGGGACUGACUGGACUGCGUGGGGGUGUUUGUUUGGUUGUGUGCUUACGGGAUGAGCGCAUGCCACAAAGGCGUGCAGACGACAGCCGCGACCAUCACGAGCGAGGCGAGACCACCAGCCGACAUCAUCCUGGCACGACUCGACUCGGUGUGCUGUGCUGUGUCUGUCAAGCCAAAGCCAAACAGUGUUUGAGUGAGUUAGUGGGUCAGUCAGUCAGUCAGUCAAACAGAUCGAGAGCAAACGGUUGAUUGACUGCAGCCGGCCGAAGCACACUCAAUUGCAGGCAGCUGUCCUGUCCAGCGGACAGCAAUUGAUUUGAUGAUGGGAUGGAUGUCUCACUCGCUCAGACCUUUGACCGAUCGACGUCGACCGACCGAUCAAAAAGGAUGUAUGCAGGUACACCACACAAACAGCGUCUCAUGCGUACGAAUGCAUGUGGAGCACGGACAGCUCAGGGAUGAGAGAGACAUUCGAUCUUCGUGUGCUCGUGCGUGAUGAAGCAAAGCAGCCUCAUGAGAAGAGACCCCACGUACACGAGGGAGAAGACAGCCACAGCUGGUCUGGUCUAUCUCGAUCAUCGAGUACGAGAAGGACAAGCUGACUGCCCGCAACAGAAAAAUGGCCAGCAUGUGAGAUAAAGAGGAAGCCACACGCAUACAGGAAAGGAGAGAUACUCGGCUGGCGGGCGGGCCAGCCAAAGCCAAGCAGCUGGCGAUCGAGACACACAGCUAGUCUACCACUUUCUUGUCUUCCUUUUGCCUCCGCAACAAAUCGGUCCCGACAAUGAGAUAGAUCAGGAGGGCAAGCACGCCAGCGACGAAAAUGCACGUGAAGAUCACACACAGGCACAAAAAAUUGCUACUCCCCUGUUCUGCCUCCGAGAACUCCGUGCCCUCCGUGCCCCUCCUGACCGACAACCAUAGUGACAAGGAAAACAAACACAUGAACGCAGGAGACAUUGUGUUGUGUCAACAUUCAUGACUCACUCACCUUGACAGGGACCGCCGGCUGACGAAGCUGAAGGCCCAUGACACCCUUCGCGACAAAGACCGCGACAUGCGUCUGAAGCUGCCGGCCCGUGACGGCGCCCUGCUGCCGUCUUCGGAGUUGCUCGCGCUGUGUUUGGGCAGGGGCAGCGGGGGCCUCGCAAUGCCAGCGUGAGCGGAUUGUGGCGCAGUGGUCGCUGGCUCAGCCCAUCUAACCGACGAAGAACCUGACUUCGACCCCGAUCUCGAGCCGCUGCCACUUGCAGAUGGUUUUGCUGAGUCAUCUGUGUCGCUUACUGACGCAUAUAUCCGCGCUUUCUUGCCUGGG